GACGAGCCAAUGCUCAAUAACGAGAGGAACGAACAAUCAGGGUCAUGGGUCUGUUGUAUGCCAUGUCUCUGGCUUCGAAGAAGCAAAGCCGUUCACAAGGCCCUACUCACAUUUGCCAUGCUUCUUGUCACUAGCCUACUUGUCACCAGUCCAGUUCUAUUUCUCAUCACCACAUUGCCGGAAGGCGAACAGCCACUCGAAUGCAGUCCUGUCGACGAUGCAUGUAUCAGGGAAAGGGACGGUCCUGAGGGAGUCUGCGAGACAAAGGCAUGUUACGAAGCAUCUCUUAAACUCAUGUCGUCCAUGAAAAGAGGCGUUGAUCCUUGCAAGGAUUUUUAUCAAUUUGCUUGUGGCGGUUAUCGCGAUCGACAGCCUUAUCAGCCAACUUCAAAUUUCAACACAUUACAAGCUCAAGUUGAUCAGCAACUCGAACAUAUGCUGACAAAUAAAUCUGGAAAAAUGACUGGGGUUUUUACAAAUGUGGGUCGUUUCUACAAAACUUGUCUCGAUUUUGGGGAAAAGCCUGUAAAUUUUACUCCCGUCUAUCGAUUACUAAAUAAGUUAGGAGGCUAUUUGUCACCGAGCAGUUCAGCUCCAGGAGAUAUAACUCCUUUAGUUGCUGCACUUUUAAAAAUGAAUGGAGCUCCUCUUUUUGAUUUCUACAUCGACACGGACCUUCAGGAUUCAUCUAAAUUUGCCGUUUUUCUGGAUCUGCCCAUUGAGUACCAGAUUAAUUCAUUUUUUCAACGAAAUCUGGACAGCGUAUCAAGACAAUUAAAAGGAUUCAGUUUUGUCGAAAAUCGUAGCAAAAGAUCGACUACUGCAGAAAGUAGUGCCUAUUCAAUAAUUAAGAGCAAGAAGGAAGAAGCUAGAAUUCGUAAAAUUGAGAAAAUACUAGAUAGGUUGAUACCGAUCGAUAUGGAUCCACAGGCACGAUCCUUAGAGGCAGAUCAAUUAAUACAAUUUUGCUUAGCUCUGCACAAGAUCUAUCCCAGGCACAAGGAUUUGUACAAUUGGAUGGACAUUGAUCAUAGGAUUUAUGUGCGCUACAAUUUAUCGUUUCUUCAGGAGAGCUUUGAUUAUAUAAGAUGGGAAAUUCUAUUAAAUGCUACCAUUGGUAAUACCACUGCCGAUCAAAAUAAUCGAAAUCGUGCCGAUUAUGAGACUGGGAGCGAAAAUGAAAGUCUUUAUUAUAUCUACGUGACGGCGCCUCGUUAUUUUCGAAGCUUGGGAAAAUUAUUAAAUAAGUUUCCAAAACGGGUUAUUCACAAUGGCUUACUACUACUUUAUUCGAGUGAUACUUUUUACGAUAUAGUAAAUGUAACUGCGAGUGAAAACUGGAACACUUCUUGCUACCAUUUAACAAAAAACGUUUUCAGUGAAACUGUAGGAGCUCUUUAUGUGCAACAGUACAAACCUCAAUUUUUAGAAACACUAGCUAAUAGGGUGACAGCAUUAUUUGAAAGAUUAAAGGAGAGUCUAGCUACACGAAUGUUAGUUAUGUCCUGGUUGGAUGACGACACAAGGACGCAAGCUUUGCUCAAGUUACGUACCUUACGAGGAAAAUUCCACGUCUGGUCCGGUUUUUUUAAUAAUACUUUAUUGGCUAAACAAAUGUCGGAGGUCGUUAUUGAUCCAGAUGAUUUUUUCACGACACUCUUGAGAAGAUUCGAGCAAAUUCGCACUAUGGAUGGUCAAUGGUCCACCAGAAAUUCAACUCAAAACUGGAAACAUCACUAUUCUGUUAAUGCCUAUUACGAGUCGUGGACAAAUUCAAUUGUAAUUCCGUUGCCAAUGAUGGCAGCUUGGUCUUGGUCGUGGGAUGGUGGUCCAGCAUUUGCUUCAUACGCGACUCUUGGUUCAGUAAUUGCUCACGAAAUACUUCACGCUUUUGACCUUCAUCACCGACGUUUGCCACUAGAUCCAGAUUCGGAUGUGACUUUAGGUAACGAAAGGUGGAUCUGGAUAACUCCUGAAUCAUGGAGAAGACUAGAGGCGAGAAUAGAGUGUGUCUCAAAUUUAUAUGCCAGGAGCUUUUGGCGAAAGGUCAAGUUUUAUGGAAACAGUGUCGAUGUUCAGUUUGAUUGGAAUGUGACGAGAAAUGAAAAUGUGGCGGACGUUGGGGCGUUACAAAUUUCUUAUCAAACUUGGCAUACUUUAACAAAUGGAAAAGAUCGAAGUUUACCAGGAUUGGAGGCCCUUCGUCCCAGUCAACUUUUCUUUAUAAGCGCCGCUCAAACCUAUUGUUCUAACAUGACUGCCGAGGCUUAUAUUCUCUCUGUCGAGCUUGAUUAUCACACGCCUCAACCAGAGAGAGUAAACGGCAUAAUGAUGAAUUCAUUUCCAUUUACUGAAGCAUUUCGUUGUCCUGCUGGUGCCAAAAUGAAUCCACCAAAAAAAUGCUCGACCUGGUGACACGGAGUGAAAAAUAUCGAGGAAAAAUCAAUCGCAAUGGAAAAUUUUUUCAUGAGCGCAGUUUUUUAUCACUGCUACUGAAUUUAGAACAAAAAAUUCCAAUUACCCAACAUCGACGAAUUAAUGGAUUUUCUUUGCUAGAAAACUGAACUG